GUCCGGCAACAUUGGACUUAAAGAACUGAAGGCAAAGAUGGCGGCUGCGUCGUCGUACGCAUGUCUCUCGUGCAAGGUAGUUUUCGCCAACGCGGAUUUACACCGGUCACACUACAAGAGUGACUGGCACCGGUACAACUUAAAGCGUAAGGUGGCCUUCCUGCCCCCGGUCAGUGCCGAGGAGUUUCAGCAGCGCGUCCUAGCGCACAGGGAAGCCAGUAUCGCCGCGGAGGCCCGCGCCGCCGGCACCUACUGCGACGUAUGCGGCAAACGUUUCGGCGCUCUCAAGGCGUUCGAGAAUCACGUGAACUCGAAGAAGCAUCAGCAGGCUGUGGUCAUGGCUGAGUCCAGCGCACCAGUGGAGCCUGCUUCGCCGUCCGAAGUUAUCGCUAAUCCAAAGGCCGAGAGGAGUGAAAGCACCAGCAGUUGCAGCAGCAUGGUCGCUCGGAAGAAUGCAAAGAACGCGUCCGAACACGCUCCCCUGCCUGGGCAGAAAGCUCCCACUCAACGCAUGCCGUGGACGAACAGGACGACGGCCGUGGCUGCCAUCGUCGCUGAAGACGACAGCGAUGACAGUGAGUGGGAGAGCAUUGAGGGUGAGGUUGCAGACGAAGAGAUCGACGAUGAAGAAGAGGAGGAAGUGAUGGAAGAUGACUCCGAGCGGGUGCCCCCCUCCGAGUGCCUGUUCUGUGGCAAGCAGAACGACAGCGUGGUUGCCAAUGUGGCCCACAUGGGGGAAGUGCACUCCUUCUUCAUCCCUGAUGCGGAGUACCUCGUGGAUGUCGAAGGCUUGCUGACGUACCUGGGCUACAAGUUGGGCGUUGGCCGGCUCUGUCUGUGGUGCAGCAACGAACGGAGCGCUCCCUACGGGAGCCUUCAGGCAGUCCGACAGCACAUGCGGGACAAAGGCCACUGCAAAAUGGCGCACGAUGGAGUGGAUGGCCUGAUGGACUACUCUGACUUCUACGACUACACGGCGAGCUACCCCGAGGGCGAAGGUGGAGACGCAGAUGAAGAGGUCGAUGUCAGCGUGCUCGAAAGUGACGGCUGGCAGCUGGUGCUGCCAUCUGGGGCUGUGGCCGGUCACCGUUCCCUGGCGAGGUACUACCGUCAGAACUUGCCUGCUGUACCGGCAUCGCGGCCUGGCGACUCAGUGCGCCGUGUCCUGAGUCAGUACCGGGCUCUGGGCUGGACGGGGGCCACAUCGCGGGAGGUGGCCCAGCAGAAGGCGCGCGACAUCCGCUUCAUUCAGAGCGUGCGUGCCAAGAGGCACAUGAAGCUCGGUUGCAAGGCCAACAAGCUGCAGAAGCACUUCAGGCCACAAGUGUUGUUCUGAAGCGCAGUAUGAGCUGGCAUCAGUGGAGCAGCCUGCAAUGCGCCUGAGAGUAUAAAAUAGGAUUUUUUUUUUUUUCGAGAUAUACUGCCACUAUGCUGACAGAUCUUUAAGCAGAGGGCAAGUAAUUGGAGAACAUCUUUGAGUUGGCUGUAUAGAACUUCUGCAGAUGAGAGUCACUUCAGUGCUGCUUUCUACGUGCUGCACUAAUUGUUUGUUCUUGGCCACAUGGAGCAGUUCAUAAAGCACGUCAGCCAGCCCAGAAGGCAAGCCUUGGAAUAUGUAAAUGAAUUCAGAGGGGUACACUUGGAGUACAAGAGCAAAUCAGACAGCGGGAAACUUUUAACUUCUCAGUAUUUUUCGAGUGAAAUCGACAGUAAUUCAUACACGGGGUCAGAAUCCUUGCCUUGAUUUAGAGAGUGGGCAUGGAAACACAAGUUGUGUUUCGAGCAUGGCAAUUCACCAUUGUAUGGGGCACCAAUGGUGAAUUGCUGGUGAACAGAAGUGGCUGUUGCUUUAGAAAGCUGCAAGCACAAGAGGGCCACUUAGAAGAAGCACAAGAGAGCCACUUAGAAGGAAGAUGGCAGUUUAAUAAUGCUCGAAUGACACUAUUGGAACAUGCUGGUGGACGUCACUUGUUAAAGUGUAACUGCUUUAAAAAAAUGUUGUGGCACCAACAGUUUGGUUGUAGCAAAUGGCGAUGUUCAGGGCCUGUGAAAUACUGUCCUGGGUGCCAUAUUUUUGGGGCUGCCCAUUGCAAUUCUUGUAAAGUGGGGUUUGACAGCGUGUUGCUCCUGUUGAACUUAAAUUAAUUUGCAGAGCUUUGUAGGGCAGACUCGAGCUUUUUCUUUUAUUUGAAAUUGUUCGAGCGAGCUCUGCUGCUGGACCUUUGUCAUGCUUUUGGGAUGAGUCAUUUCCAUUUGUCCUGUACAUGGGAAGACAUGGGCAGUGGGCGUUUUGCUGUGAAGAACAGGGUCUUUUUAAUGCAAAAAGACGAUCCUGAAUUUUGUUCAUAAAGGGAGAGUGCUGUUUUCUUGCCCGCAUUGCUUACCUCAUGCAUGCGAAGGGCUGAUUGUCCAUACAGCAGCGCAUAUGUAAAAGGUAAAAGUGUAAGAUAUGUACAGCUUGUUCUUUUGAAAUUAAAAUGUGUUAAGCGUUGGC